AUGGCGGAAAUGGCAAAUUUGGGGUGGGGGGAAGGUGGUGAGGCGUGGGGGUGGCAGAGACGAUUGUUGGCGUGGGAGGAAGAAAGUGUCAGGGAGUGUAGUGCUAUGUUGAGUAAUGUUGUUUUGCAGGAUCAUAUACAGGACUUUUGGAGGUGGCUUCUUGAUCCUAUACAUGGUUACACGGUUCGUGGGACGUAUCGUUUCCUAACAUCUGAUGCAGAACCGGUGGUGGAGGGUGUUCAGAAAAAUGUGUGGCACAAGUUAGUUCCUUCUAAAGUUGCUCUCUUUGUGUGGCGGCUACUUCAAGACAAAGUUCCAACUAGAGCAAAUUUGGUGCGAAGAAAUGUUAUCCAACCUAACGGUAUUCUAUGUGCUGGUGGGUGUGGAAACAUUGAGACAGCGGAUCAUCUUUUUCUUGGUUGUAACCUUUUUGGAAGUGUUUGGUACUUAAUUUGUAAUUGGCUUGGCAUUUGUUAUGUUCCUUCAUGUCAGCUUUCUGAUCACUUUCUGCAGUUUAGCAACAUGGCGAGUAUGCCGAGAUUUUCUCAUACUUUUUUCAAGGUGAUUUGGCUCGCUUCUAUAUGGGCAAUUUGGAAGGAUCGAAAUAACUGUAUAUUCAAAAAUGCGGUAAUAGAUCCUCAAAUCAUUCUUGAAAAAGUGAAGCGGGAUUCUUUCUUUUGGCUAUAUUCGAAUCGUAUUUCGUUAGCUUUUGGUUUUCAUGAUUGGUGGAGACAUCCAUUACUCUGUUUGGAUGUCAAGUAA